GAGAAGGAGAAGAAGAAGAAAAAUCAAAGUACUCGCUUUCAGUUUUCAAAGGAAGUCCCGAGACUCAGCAUGGAGGAAGGAUACGAACUCGACCUGACGUACGUCACAGAGCGCAUCAUCGCCGUGUCCUUCCCCCGGGGGUGCACCGAGGAGAUCUACUCCCACAACCUGAAGGAUGUCACGCGGAUGCUCAAGUCCAAGCAUGCGGACAACUACCUGAUUAUCAACCUGUCGGAGAAAAGACACGAUCUCACCAAAAUGAACCCGAAGACUCUAGAUACAGGCUGGCCGGACAUGCACGCGCCACCUCUGGACAAGAUCUGCACCAUCUGUAAGGCCAUGGAGAGCUGGCUCAAUACCGACCCCCUCCACGUGGCGGUUAUACACUGCAGGGGCGGCAAGGGUCGUAUCGGCGUCGUCAUUUCAUCCUUUGUGCAUUUUACCGACGUAUCAGCCAGUGCUGAUCAGGCGUUGGACCGCUUCGCCAUGAGGAAAUACUACGACGAUAAGGUCUCGGCUCUGAUGACGCCUUCGCAGAAACGGUACGUUUGGAUCCUCAACAGCCUUCUGAGUGGCUCCAUGAAGAUCAACGCCUCGCCCUUGUUCCUGCACUGCGUCGUCAUCCACGGGAUCCCAAACUUUGACGCCGCCGGAGUAUGUCGUCCGUACAUCAAGGUCUACCAGGGAAUGCAGACCGUGUAUUCAUCUGGGAUCUAUCACAUUGGUCCAGGCCACAGAGGCCGCGUAUGCAUCACCCUGGAGCCUGCCCAGCUUCUGAAAGGAGACAUCAUGAUUAAAUGCUACCACAAGAGCGACGUUACUUCGGAGCGGGAAGUUGUUUUCCGGCUGCAGUUCCACACGGGAGCAGUGCAGGGCUACAACCUGAUGUUUGAAAAAGAGGACAUGGAGACCGCCAACAAAGAUCCCAGAUUUGCAGACUACGGUAAAGUGGAGCUGGUGUUCUCCGAGGGACCAGAGAAGAUCCCAGGUGCCGACAGGUGGCAAAACGGGGCCGAUGUUAUUGUGGACUACAACACGGCGGAUCCUCUCAUCCGCUGGGACUCGUACCAGAACAUCUGUGACGGCGAAGCGCCACGCUCUCAAGGCCUGACCCGGGACAAAGCCGCGACCAAGAGGAGCCCCGGCGGAGGAGAGGCGACGCUGGGCAGAGGGGCCCGCACCACCUCCGCCACCUCCAGCCCCGACCACAGCGACCACGCCCUCUCCGUCAGCAGUGACUCGGGCCUGUCCAGCACUUCGCUGUGGGCCGACAGACCCGCGCCCGUACCCGCACCUGCACCUACACCUGCCGCCAACACCACCACCGCUACCCCCAGCACCACCACCACCAGCACCACCCUCAGGCCUAACCAGGGCCCAAGCCAGCAGGAAAAGGUCCAGCUGAAGCGCCUUUUAAGUGGCUUCGGCCUUGAGGACCCCUCAUUGGGGGAGAUGGGUGAUCAAGGGCCAAGAGUGGUCAUCCAGCAGAUAGUCCCGGCGCUAGUGCACAUCAACGGAGACCCCAGACCCCGAGAGAGGGAAACGGACAUCCUGGACGAUGAGGUCAUCACGGGUCACGAUCUGCACAGCGUGGACAGCUUGGGCACCUUGUCGUCCUCCUGCCACAAGAGCAGCCAGAACUCCCUGCUGUCAGACGGCUUCGGGAGUCCCGGAGGAGAGGAGCAGCAACAGCAGCAGCAUCAAAGCCACAUCCAGCACCCGGCAGCCCCUCCCACAGAGGAGUACGAGAGGGCCUACGCUGAGGCCGUAAGGGGCUGCCUCGGCCCCAGGAGCAACUCUGUGGCCUCCGCUAAUCCCAGCGGCGCUCCCACGGCCAAGCAGCACGUCUACAGACAGGGCAGCUAUUCCACGCAGUCCUGGGUUCGCCAGCAGCAGAUGGUCGCCGCGCAGCAGUUCAUCUACAUGCCCGAGGAUGGGAACGACGCGGAGGGGUACCCGGGGAACAAGCAAGGGAGAAGCUCAGCUAAAGCAGGCCCGCCCACGGAGCCCCGGGGUCCCCCUGCACGGGACACGGAGGCGGACGCUCUGGGGAGCGCGGCGCCGCACGCCGAACGGGCAACGGUCAACAACAACAACAACAACAAGCGCGACGAGGAGUUCAAGUCGCUCACGAUGGACAUUGACCACUCCAUCGACCAGCUCAACCAGCUGAUCAUGGACCUGGAUCCCACGUUCGUGGCGGUUCCCGGCCACGGCGGCUCCCUCAAGAGGAGCGGCGGGACUCGAGCAAACGGCUCGGUCUCCAAAUGCUCGAAUGGCAUCGAUCGCCACUUCGGCGACAGUAACAACGCAGCAGCGGCCCUGAAAAACACACAGCAGACAGCUGUCCAGUCCAAUGACGGACUGGUGGGCGUCACGCGGAGUCAGUGUCGCCAAGGAAGUGACGUCACGGAUCGGUCGGGCUUCUGCAACUCGGGGUGGGGCGGGACGGAGGAGUACGGGGGCCAGCGGACGUACUCCCCCUGCGCGCCACAGUCCCAGCACCCCGUGCUGUACAGGACUGACAGUGCGGACUACAGGGCCCAGGGCUCAGAGAUGGACAGCGGGGUCGAGGCUGGGAGCGACAUGACUCCACCCACUCCCGCCUUCCCCAUCUCUCCACCAACGCCGUAUGUGCAAAGCAUGUCGGAAUUGACUCACCUCAGGCAAACGCCGUCUCCCAGCAUGCAGUCUUUCGGGGGCUACAGAAUGGACCACGAACCCCGAGGAUAUUCCGAGAUGAUCGGUCACGUCGGAGGCGGCGGUUUACCAGACUCCUCCGUCAACGGCCACAGGACGCUAAGUGCCACACACUCUGCUGCUGUGGUCGGGACCCUUCAGUGGACGGACAGUUCCUCCACGAGCCAGUCCUGGCCAGAGCAUCCCGUCCUGACCCGCCACACGUCUCUGAGCAGCUAUCCCUCGACCCGACAACCGCCGCCGCACUCCAUGUCGACGGACUACGGCCACCACUCUCCUCCUUUGCACCACCCCCACAUCCACCCAGCCCCCAACGCCCACAGCUCCCCCCGGAGCAGCCAGCUGAACCGAAUGGCUCGCUACGCUCUCAGCCGCAGUCCGGCUCAAAGCUUCGACGAGCAGGACGACUCGGGUCUCGGCUACGCCGCCGACUGUCCCAACGCCGCCGCCGCCGCCGCCGCCAGUCUGUUAGGAAACGGAGGCGUGGACCGGGAACUUUUGACGUCCGUGGAUGGGCGGAGUCAGCCACAGCUGCCCCAGAUCCAGAUGCUGCAGCCCCCGCUUCUGCCCGAGAAGAAGAGGGCGUCCGAUGGGGAGCAUUCGCUGGGCAGGGCGUCUCCGGCCCUCAGCGGGUUCUCGAGUCCCCACAGUGGGAGCUCCCUGAGUAUCCCCUUCCCCAACGUUUUGCCCGACCUCUCGGCCCAGACUCUGGGCACAACCUCACUCCUGCCAGAUGUACUGGCUAGCAAGCAAGCUACUGUCAAAUUUGUGCAGGACACAUCAAAGUUCUGGUACAAGCCAGAUAUCUCAAGGGAUCAAGCCAUUUUGGUCCUGAAGGACAAGGAGCCCGGUUGCUUCAUCGUGCGGGACAGCCAUUCCUUCAGGGGGGCCUAUGGGCUGGCUAUGAAGGUGGCUACUCCCCCGCCCUCAGUUCUCCAACAAACCAAGAAAGGAGGCGAUCUGGCCAAUGAACUGGUGCGCCACUUCCUGAUUGAGUGUACACAGAAAGGAGUGCGGUUGAAGGGUUGCCCCAAUGAGCCCUACUUUGGAAGCCUAACCGCGCUGGUCUGCCAACAUUCAAUCACCCCCUUGGCCCUGCCCUGCAAACUCAUCAUACCUGACCGAGAUCCUCUGGAAGAUGUUGUGGAGACGACCUCACAGUCGGUCACCAACUCCGCGGCCGAGCUGCUAAAACAAGGCGCAGCCUGCAAUGUGUGGUACCUGGGCUCCGUGGAGAUGGAGUCGCUGACGGGCGUCCAGGCGGUGCAGAAAGCCACCAGCAUGUCUCUGAGCUCCAACCCUCCCCCGACCUCCACUGUAGUCCACUUCAAGGUGUCCUCCCAGGGGAUCACCCUCACUGACAACCAGAGGAAGCUGUUCUUCAGGAGGCAUUACAAUGUCAACACCGUCAUAUUUUGUGCACUGGACCCUCAGGACAGAAAGUGGAGAACAGAUGGCUGCCCUUCAGCAAAGAUCUUCGGCUUUGUGGCGAGGAAAACUGGCACUUCCAUGGACAACGUGUGUCACCUGUUUGCAGAGCACGACCCCGAGCAGCCGGCGAGUGCCAUCGUCAACUUUGUUUCCAAGGUGAUGAUUGGCUCGCAGAAGACAGAGAACAUCGAGACCCCGGACGAGGAGCGGAAUUCCACCGGGUCAGGCCUCCAGACCCCGUCCAGCACCCACAGACCCACGGGACCCCUGAGACCUCCGCUUCACCCUUUCUUCCCCUCUGCCAAGUCGGAGGUGCUCCGGCGGGAGCAGCAGAAGAGAACGCAGAGCUUUAAAAUGGAGGCGCUCCCGGGACCACUCAUCACUGACCAACAAAACUUCUCUCUGGGGACCAAACAGGAGCCCGAGUAUGGUCCCUGUCGGAGAGAGAUCGAGAGCAUUCUCAGCAGCCUCAAGAUUACAGACAUUCUCAACCCCAGAGGUUUCCGCAUACCAAACUGUGACAAGAAGGGCUUCUAUAAGAGGAAACAGUGCCGUCCGUCCAAAGGCAGAAAGCGAGGCUUCUGUUGGUGCGUGGACAAAUACGGGCAGCCCUUGCCAGGUUUCAGUGAGAAGGAGCGAGGAGACGGCCAGUACUACAACUCCGAGAGCCAAUAGGAGCAGGGCAGGACGGAGGGAGGGAGUUGUUUCUUUUUUUUUUGGGUGAGAGCAAGAAGAAUUGUAAACAAAUGGAGACACUGAGGAUAUUGGGAGAGAGGUCAAGAGAUGGCUAUGCCAAUAAAUGGAUGUUUGCUAUUUCCAUCUGUUGCCUGUGGGACCUUUUUUCUUUUGUGAGGCGGAGCAAGGGGAACAAAGGAAGAGUACCAGGAGA